AUGGAUUGCCACCUCUUCCACGGGGAGGAGCAGCGGCUGGCGGUGUCCCGCGAGGCGGCCUCGGUCGCCGUGGACACGUGCAUGGUGGCCGCCGCGGUGACCGGCGCGUCGCUGCUUGCGUGGUGGUCCGUGGCGUUCCACCCGUCCAACAGCCGGCUGUGGAUGGUGCCCGUCGGCCUCGUGCUGGCGUGCACCCCGGUCGUCGUCUGCCUCGCGCUCACCCUUUCGGCCGAGCCGCGCGUGCAAGACGCCGGUGCGAAGACGGCGCCGUUGUCAGCCGUGGUCGUGGAGAUGUAG